UUGGGCUUCAUCUUCUCCCUCAGCGGGGCUUUCCAGAGCUCUCUAGACAGCCAGAGAACAGAAAGCCCUUUUCCUUCUAUGUCAGCGGGCUUCUUCUUCAACUGUUCUUCCUGUUUUUCCUUCUAAUCUAUUGCUGCUUAGUUCAUCGAAGUUGGUCGGAAGGGAAUCAGAUUUUUCAACAACGGUUCUGUUUUCUGCGGUGAGGAAAGGAAGUCGUGUGGGAGCAUUAACAGUAGAGAUUUGGGGGAGGAUUUCUUCUUUGAUCGGAGAUGAAGAUGAAGAUGAAACGAAAAGAUCUCGAUCAAUUUAACGACGAGUUCUCGGAAUUCUCCCUUUCGUCGCCUGCUAGGAAGAUUCGCCGUCUGGAUGUUGGUUUGCCGCCUAUUAUAGAAGAGGAAGAACCGCCGGAAAUUGCUGUUUUAGGCAACGAACCAUUGAUGCCUGAAAAUUUCGUAGUAGGUGGGAAUGGUCUGAGGAUUGAGGAAUUACCGGACGCUUCUUCUGUUUCUGCUUCAGCUUGUGCAACGGGAGAUCGUCCUUUCCGCGACAAUCACGAGAGGGCUAUUGUUCUGUUUAAUGCUGCUAAUACGCCUUUCUUGCAGUCAUCUCCUUUUUCGGUCUCUGUCGAUCCUGACAUUAUUUCUGGCUUGAAAAGCAAAAUUGUUCGUGAAAAUUGUUGUGAUGGCCGGCUGAAAUUUGGCGAGAAUGAUGAGGAAAUGGGGACUGAGAACAAAAAUCUGGCUGUUGUUCCUUGGGUUCCGCGGCUGCAGGUUCCUGCUACCACAACCAUGGAUGUCGCCCAAGAGGAGGCUCCACAGUUGAUGGAAGCUGAAGAAGAAGUUGGAGAGGCAACAAUGGAGGUUGAAGAUGAAAAUUUAAGCAGCCAACGGGCUUAUGGAUAUGGUGGAAUGGACGGAGCUAGUGGUAUACAUCAAUGGCACCAACAGCACUGCAUGAUUCAACAGCUGCCACAACAAACGUCCUCGCCCAUAACUUGGUUUCGAUGAUGCGAUGAAAUGAGGUAACUCGGGGGGAUAGAGAACAAUGAUUCUGUCACAAAAAUGAAGACGUUUGCCCUUCAAAAAGAGAGGCAAGUAUUGGUGACUUUUGACUUCAAAAAGAGAGCUAAUAACUCAGUAUCAGUAGCUUUUUCUGUCUUUAUAAGCGGGACUUUUAAUAUCCUUCGAUCAUUGGGUUGAUUUCAAUGAAAAAAGCUGAUUGUAUUCCUGACUUGAGUGUCAUUCAUAUCCUUCUUUGUAAAGGCAUAAUAAGUGUCCUGUUAUUUAUGAGUAUGGCUCACUGCAGAUGGGGUGAAUGU